AUGAGAAUUGGCGCGAGCAGCGCUGCCCGACUUGCCGCGGGCGCGCUGCCCGAAGAAGUGGUGAAAGAGGCUGUCCACAUCGAAAGCGGCAAGUACUAUGCGUGCAAGGUAAUCAGCAAGCAGCUGAUGCGCGGCCGUGAGCAUAUGGUGCGAAAUGAGAUCACAUCAAUGAAGCGUGUGUCACAGGAGCACCCGGGUGUCGUCUCGCUCGUGGACUACUUUGAGACUAUGAAUAACCUGUACCUUGUGACAGACUUGUGCCAAGGUGGAGAGCUGUUCGACCGUAUCUGCGAACGCGGCAACUAUUACGAGAAUGAUGCUGCUCAGAUCGUGCGCACUGUCAUGGAAACGGUGGAGUUCUUGCACAGUAUUGGCGUAGUUCACCGAGGUGCGUGUCCAAUGAUCAACGAAGAAAAGCUCACAGCAUUAAGCACGACAUGCGGUACACCAGGCUAUAUGGCCCCCGAAGUGUUCAAGAAGACCGGGCAUGGCAAACCCGUGGAUAUGUGUAUGUAUUAUCUGCUCCUAACCGCAGGGGCCAUGGGCGUCAUCACAUACUUUUUGCUAUGCGGGUACACGCCUUUCGAUACAGAAUCUAACGUGGAUGAGAUCCAGCGCAUUAUUGCAGGCGACUACAAGUUCGAACCCGCAAUAUACUGGCAGGGUGUAUCGGAAGAGGCACGCGACUUUAUCCGCCGCCUGCUGACGGUAGAUCCAUCUGCUCGCAUGACAGCACAAGAGGCCCUGAAACACCCGUGGCUCGCUAGGGUACCGAGUAUUCAUGAUUCGGGCCAGAAGGAUCUGCUGCCAGAGAUCAAGAAGGCCUUCAACGCCAAGGCCACGUUCCGCAAGGCCGUCAAUGGCAUUCGCAUGAUCAACCGUCUUCGGACAGAGACGCAAGAGCACCAGCAGGCCCGUCUGGAAAUGGAGAAGAACCACCGCUUGGCAAACGAAGAAGCGGAGCACCUCGACCAGGUCUGGGCUCAGGAGUCGGCACCACGUGCGGGUCCAUAG